UUACAAGGAAGGAGAGGAGGAGAGUUUGGGAUCCUGACUUCCAGAGCGCAUGUGUCCCCCCGCGGAGAUGGCAGUCGUGAAGAGGAGCCGCUAAACUGGAGUUCCUCUCUCGCUCUCUCUUUUUUUUUUCUUCUUCCUGAGGUGUAAGAUGAGAGCAUUUGCACUGAGGCUGGGGAGCUCGGAAAGAUUUAUGGAAGAAACUUUCAAUUUCCAAGCAGAGGAGAUGUCCACAUCUGCGAGCCCGACCAUUCCCACCUCACAGCUGACCUCGGAUCAGCUCACGGUGCUCGUUGCCUCCUUUUCUUCUCUGGUGUUCUUUUUCGUUGUCGUCUUGCUGCUUUCCAUUAUUUACCGUAAAGAUCCCCAGUGCUGCAAACACGGCUCCUACCAGGACCCACAUGCGGAUAUGGAUGCUGCCCCUCAGUACUACAGCAGCAGACAGACUCUGGUUGGAUCUCCUCGUUUGGAGCAGACUCACAUCCCUGAAGACAGCGUCACCCAGCUGCCGGGUGAGCUGUUCUACGUGGGCCUGCCCUCCAGCUACAGCCUGCCCACCCUGGAGACCACCCUGCCGAAGCUCCCCUCCUACGAGAGCGUCCGAAAGAAGGACCGCCAGCGGCAGAUUCACAUGAUGAUCGCAGACCGUUUCGGCCUCAAUGGACCCAUUGUUACUGAGUCUCCUCCAUCAUACGAAGAGAGCAUCCGCCAGUCUGUGGAGCUGCCGUGCGACAUCCUGUCAUCUGACCUGGAUGUUCCCCCUCCUCAGAGAGCUUACAUGAGCGAGAGCCCAGGUUACGCCACAGACAGCACCGUUCUACCUCCUGUAUGAUGCCAAACAAGUCCUCAAGCCGGCGAAAGAAUGCAAAGGGAAGCUGUACCUCAGUUUCUGAAAGAGUUCAACAAAACUUUCUGAUCCAGAUACCUCAAACUGAGCCAAACACCCAACCCAAAGAGGAGCUGCAUCCCAUCUAAUCAGAGGCACAUAUGAAUACUUCAAAAAACGGAGCAUUCAACGACGAAGGUGGCUGGGACAUCUUAACGAAGGAAAAUGACCAAAACGAAAAAACCCAUUAAUAACAGUGGUGUGGGUGCGCUUCUGCUCAUAGUUUUGUUUUGUUUUGUUUUUUUAAAGAUUUUUUUUAUCAUGAAGCAUAAAGUGAAAACACAUUGUAUAUUUUUAUUCAGAUGUGCUGUAAAGCAGAUAUUUGUUUGUGUAGCCAACCACAAGAGAAGGAGACAAAAGUAAUUUUCACUUUUAAGAAAGUUGAGCUAAAUGCUCCCAAAUCUCUAUGUUCUCUAUAAAAGUGGGAGGAACAACUCAAACCCAGAGAACAAAUGAACAACAAGGAGCUAGUUUUGUAAAAUUCAAUAAAACACAACUUAAAAUAACAGUCUGAGAAUCGUCCUCUGUAGUCACCAAUCAAAUAGUAUGUUUUACAGAGGGAAACAAAAGUAAAGAAAUGCAAAAUGUAAUAUGAGCAAAUCACACAACUUAAAUACAAAAAUCAAAUUCUUAUAUUUCCCACUGUGCAACAAUGUCUGUUUUUAUUGUGUUCAUUUACCUCACUGUGUGUUCAUGGCUUGGUUUAAUCUUGAACUCGUUCUGUAUUGUAUUUAUUGAAGAACAAUAAUUUCCCUCAUGUUUCUACUUUGUGGAAAC